AUGCCGGCAUCAUGGAAAGAAGGUCUCGUUAAUGCCUUUCCGAUCCCUCAAGAUCGUACGAAGCUGAGAUAUGCUUCGAAGAAGGACAAACAUAAUGUGACCAUAUCCACGGAGCUCGUUUCUGUCGUGGAGUCGUUGGAAACUGUCUCUCUGGAAGGAGACCCUUUCCGAUUCCUCGACCUCCCAGGAGAGAUCCGUAACAAGAUCUAUCGCUUAGUCUUGUUCGGCAAGCCUGGCUACCGAGUCGUCAAUGGCCGAAUGAGACCUUCCCGCAUAGGUAUCAUGCUUGCCAGCAAAAGCACACACCGAGAAGCUGCCUACGUUCUCUACAGCAGUUCAAGCUUUCGUAUCUUCCCUCUCCAAGAUUUCACUCCGGCGCCAGUCAUACAAGAGCUUCGCCCUAUGUAUCGCGCCAUGGUGACUUCACUGGAAAUGGUGGUCGGCUCAAGCUGGACAAGUCCGCCCAAGACGUGGCGGGUAGGUAAACUCCUGGCGAGACGCCUGUCCAAGCUCUCCGCCGUGCACAACUUGAAGAUCUUUGUCGAGCUUGAUCCAAGCUUGCCAAUGUUUGAGAAAUAUCGGGUCUCGCGGGACUUCUACACCGACUUCUGUGGAGACCUCUUGCGAGACGUGCUCGCGUGCAUGCCGCACGUGAGCCACAUUGAAAUGAAUGGGAAUCCAGGUAUCGACGCCACGGGACCAUUGGUGUCAAGGUUGCUCAAGGAAGUGGAGGCCAAGGGCAAAACAUGUACAUUAGGACCUACUAAGGCGAUCACCACCACGGCUGGAGUGAAGCUGGCGUUUUGGUAA